CCCGACCUUCCUCAUCGUCGUUCAUAUCGUCAAACACGCUCGUCCUUGGGUCAACCUAUGGUGCGCCUGAUCACGCACAACCUCCUCGCGUGCCACGCGAAAGGCUGCACGACGAACAACUUCCCGCUCGCGUUCCGCGAUGCCCAGGUCGAGAUCCAGGAGCAGGACAUCAACCCCGAAUUCGUGCGCAACAUGCUACCGCGCCUCGAGUGGAAGGCGCUCGUUGAUGCUGCGCGUCAGGUAGGCGACGAAUCACUACCGGCGGAGCAGCCCGAGAUGAUGGAUGACGAGCUGGUGCAGAAGCUGCAUCGCGUACUGAUGGAGGUGCGAAACCUUACUUUGAGCUCGCUCCUUGCCUCCCCUAACGGACAUGACUAUCCAUCCACUUCUCUGCGAACUCGCGACACACCUCGAACGAACACGACCUCGCUCUCAACUCCUUGCAUCCACGUUCUGUCGAUGCACCUGUCCCCGCUACCCCAUCCACGCACCUUCCUCCAGAUCCACAUCACCGAGGGCGCAAUGAUCUGCCCCAACUGCGAACACGUCUACCCCAUCUCAAACGGCAUUCCGAACAUGCUUCUCGCCGAAAACGAGAUCGGCUGAAUCUCUCUGCUCGUCAUGGGCCUAGUAAGCCUUGAAGAUGCCAAGGUCGGGGGUGCGCUCGAUCGAUCUUGGAGGGGUGGACCUUGGUGCUUGAUACCAUCGCGAGCAUCUCGUGGGCGUUCACAACCGUGGACUGGCAUAUCCACACUCAGAUGGUGACUUCUCCACGACUCAUCGAUUGGCCACUCGUCCAUCGUCCUACGCGCCAAAAGUACAUUAUCUCGUCAAAUAAUAAAGUCCUUUAUCACCC